GUCAAAACGAUGACAAGAAAAAAGGUGAAACUUGCUUUCAUUGAGAAUGAUACCUCAAGGAAAGCAACUUACAAUAAAAGGAAGAAGGGUUUAUUGAAGAAAGUUGAUGAACUAACAACUCUUUGCGGAAUCGAUGCGUGUGCUAUAAUUUAUGGCCCGUACGAUUCUCAACCUGAGAUCUGGCCUUCGCCGUUGGGAGUUCAACAGGUGCUUUCGAAAUUCACGACAAUGCCUGAAAUGGAACAAAGCAAAAAAAUGGUGAAUCAAGAGAGUUUUAUAAAACAAAGGAUUUCAAAGGCUCAAGAGCAAGUAAAAAAGCAAAGGAAAGACAACAGAGAGAAAGAGAUAACCAUGUUGAUGUUUCAAUGUCUUAAUGUUGGGAAGAUCGUGCAGAACGAUAUGUCGGUGAGCGAUUUGAAUGAUCUUGCUUGGAUGAUUGAUCAGAAUCUGAAGGAGAUAGGUAGAAGGAUGGAACCAGGUGAUAACAAUAUUAAUAUUCAUCAAAAUCAAAGUGGAAAUCAACUUACGACGGUUCAAAGCCAAGUUCAGCUUCAAAUGGCGCCACAGUUACCACCACCGCCGCCGCCACCAACUGCAUUAAAUAAUGAAGAAAUUGCUAUGAUGGGUCAUGGCCAUGUUGGGAUGGCUAUGAAUAAUAAUGACAUCAUUCAAAGGCAGUUGUUUAUGGAGAUGAUGAUGAAUGGUGGUGGAAAUGAAACAAUUCCAUUUGGUUAUGAUGCCAAUCUUCACAAUGGAUUUUGGCAUAAUAGACUAUCUUGA